CACAUUUCUUGUUGUGGCAAACGUCACUUCCCGCGCAGUUGAACAUGAGCGAGGGAAUUGUCGCAUACAACCAAAUCUCGGCCAGGCGUCUUCCAUUCUUUCCAUUCACUGCUGCUUCCUCUAUUUAAUCAUCGCCCCUCCUCGCCGACUCUCCUUCUCUUCUACAACACACUCGCCCAUUUCAAAACAACCCAACCCUUCCACAAGUGCUCGCGAACAGCCUUGACACCUUCUCACCUUCUAUUCUCUUCCCAUAACAGCCAUCAUGUCUGAUGCCGGCCAGCAGUCUCCAAACGGCAAUGCCGACAUGCCCGCAGCCGCUGGUGGUGCCGAGCAUCUGAAUAUCAAGGUUACGGACGGAAACAAUGAAGUUUUCUUCAAAAUCAAAAGAAGCACGAAAUUGGAGAAACUCAUGAAGGCAUUCUGUGAGCGACAAGGGAAAGAUAUGCGCAGCGCGAGAUUUCUGUUCGAUGGCACAAAGGUUCAGGCGCAAGACACUCCUGAUACGCUCGACAUGGCCGAUGGCGAUUCAAUCGAGGUCCACCAAGAACAGAUUGGCGGCUGGGCAUGAUCAAGAGGGAGACUUUGGUACUACAAAUGAUGAUUGCGCUUGAGUCAAUGAGAAUUCACCUGCUGGGCCAACCAGAAGAUAUGGAGUGCGAGAGGAGGUACAAGACAGACUUCACUUUUGCUUCGGAGAGCUGGGAAUAGGACAUUUUGUCUAGAGACUGCUACUUGGGACGGAGAUCAAGGCGCCACGACACGGUCAGCUCAGAUUUUGGCCGGGACAGGGGGUCAAAAGCAAGAAUGCUGCUCUCCAGAUUCACAAGUAGAUUGCUGGCAUUGCUGCCUGACAGGCUCAGUGCGUCAAUGUGAUUUCAGUAUUUCAGCUUUCGUUUUGAUCCUUCAUAGGAUGAUGUUGCGCAGAAGCAGAAGUCCAAAGGGGAGCCGGAAGCCUAUAGAGCAUACGUAUAUUCCUAACAAAAUGGUGGGUUUGCUCGACACAUCGCAUGGUUUCGAGGACUGCUCGAGAAUAAUCCUUGUCCCUACGAUAUCCU